UAAAAUUGCAUGUGGAAGGGAAAGGGCUGCGGUGGGGUCUCGGGGACUCUGAAGGGACAGUUUAUUCCAGAUGUAUCUGAACAUGGGGUGAUGGCCGAUUUAGCCUUUCUCCAGCACAGGCGUCGCCCGCCCGUCCCUCGGUGCCCGGGGCUUGCUCGCUGAGGACUGAGGCAUGAGAGCCCAGAUCUGACUCCCUUAGUUGGCCCUUCCGGGAGCCGCCCGGGCUCUGGUGCAGGAAAGGGAAGGGGCCAAAGCUGGGGGAAGGCGGGGCAGGAAGGGGGGAGCUCUGUGGUCAGGGAGCUGCUGAGCACAGCUGCGCAGUGGUGGCAAAGCGUCCGAUCCCCGGCUCACGGCCCUUCAUCCCCCGGCCCAAGAUGAUUCCAGCAGUGGGCUUGCUCUUACUCCUUUCGGUUGAACAAGCAGCCGCACUGGGAGAGCCUCAGCUCUGCUACAUCCUGGACGCCAUCCUGUUUCUGUACGGUAUCGUCCUCACCCUGCUCUACUGCAGACUUAAGAUCCAGGUGCGGAAGGCAGCUAUCGCCAGCUACGAGAAAUCAGAUGGCAUUUACACGGGCCUGAGCACCCGGAACCAGGAGACUUAUGAGACCCUAAAGCAUGAGAAACCACCCCAGUAACUUUAGAACAGAUGCCCUUGGCCACCUCCUUCCCCUUCUGGUUCUCCUCCUGGCCCUCAGGUCGGCGUCUCCUUUGCCUCCCGUUAAAGCCAGCGGGCCACCUCUUUAAUGACGCUAUGUCCCCCAUUACCGCGCACCCAGUGGUUCUUCCACCCCACGAAGACCUCCGUUCAGAUGCUAAUCAUUAAUGUUUAUAUUCUAAUCUCACCGCCUUUCCCCACCCUUCUCUUUCCCGUCUCCCACUCCCACUCAACAAUGGAAAGAGUACCACCAAUAAAGCCGCCGCAGCCUGGACUCUA